CGCCGAUUUCACUUCCCAUCCUCACUAUCAAACUCUCGACGCAGUCAUGCCACCAGCUCGUACAUCUUCACCGAGACGCAAAUCAAUCGCAGGCUCGCGACGUAGCAAUGCUCAUGCGUCCGCUUCUACAGCUAACUCGGGUCGUCGAAGCAUCGCCUUCGCAGACUCGACGAAUACGCCGGAUGGAGAUCAAUUGGCCAAGGGAGGCAGAGGUAGUCUGCCGGGUGCCUUCAAGGCUGAUCAGAGGGCAAUGAGUGCCAUGGAUGAGGCCAAGAGAAUCAUCUCGUCUCAAGACGUCGAGGCUGGCCCAUCCUCUGCUGCGUCCUCAUCGACGACGCCCUACAACGUGCACGCACUCCUGCGCACCUUUGCCAGUCGUCAAUCCGCUCGUUCGUCUCGCGAGCAUCCGCGCAGAUCUCUCGCCACAGUCGAAGACGCCAACGGCCAAGGAGGUGCAUGGGACCCUCUCCAGGUCGACUGGGAUCUCUUCAAGGACUGGCCGGAGGGACUGGAGUUGGAGGAGAAGGAGAUGAAGCAAUACUACAAAUACCUCAAAUUCAUCCACCUCGAGCACGAGACCAAAAUUCGCUUCAUAACGGAAAUAGUCGAUGACUUGGAGGCGGAUCCGCCUCGCGAGGCCAUCGUCUACACACCUCGAGACGUCAAGGAGAAGGAAGCGGAGAUGCUGCGGGCAAAAACUCAGCUCAAAGAGGCAAAGCAAGUCGUCCGCUCACUGCGCCAUGACGUGGAUUCGCUCGCACAACGCGUCGCCCAGCCGUACCACGCACUCUCUGCCUCGUGUGCAGAAGCCAAGUCAUUGCUCGAUGAGUGCAUGGACCUAGAGCUCGAGCUGGUGAAGAUGAAAGAAGAGAGCGGGGCUGCCGGCAUCACGGAUGUCGACGUGGAGGACAUGGACCUCGAGACCCUCCCUCCCGUGGGCACCCUCACCUCUGCAGAGGCGGAGCGAUUCUGCGAGCGUCAAGAGGAGGAGCUCGUCGCACUGGAAGAGUCAAAUACGCACGUCGACGCCCUGAUGGUCAGGCUGCGCUCGGACGCAAAGGCGGCGAUCAAGGAUGUGGACCGCUUAUCAUCCGAGAAGAACGCAGCGGAGCGUGCAGCGAGAGAGGCUAGGGAAUUGGGAGUAGGCGGCAGGAAGCGCGAUAGACAUGUUGAGGCGGCGUGUGCCAGCCAUUCCGCCACUCUAGCCUUGCUGAAGGGUCUGCUCGGCCUGCGCAGGAUCGAGGCGCCUGACGAGAAGAGGCUCAACCUCGUCUACGUGUCUAGCGCGGACGGGUGCGAGCUCAGUCUGUGCUUGCAGUUCGACCGACCUGGAGGAAGGCUGAGGAGCGUGGAGCUGCAUCACCCUACCCAGCCAGUAACGCUUCUGCCCCCGCCCACUCAGGCGCAGGGAAAGAAUGGCAGAAAGUCGUUGAGCAGCACGGCGGUAGUAUCGCCAGAGUUCUCGACAUUGCUCAAGGCGAUCAAGGCGAAUGAUGUCGCGGCGGUGGUCAUGGAAGGGUGGGACUGGGUGGAACGCAAGGGGGCAGAAUUUGCGCACUAGGUCGGGUACGCAGGCAGGCUCAGUCGUGGCUUCCCUUUGAUAUCCUUGUGCAGUUCCGCACCGUCUUCUCUAUGCAUUGCGAUCAUCUACAGGUCUAUC